CUGCACGAAAGAUGCGGCGGUUAGCCAGCUUGCUAGGUUGCCGGGAAGGCGAAAUCGCUACAUCUUCCUCUUCAGAAGAGCGGGAGAUUCCUGAGGACGAGCUAAUUCUGAGUCAAGGCAUACUUCCAAAGCAUACCUCCAAGCAAGCCCCACGGUCAGCUUACCAGUUCAAGCCAAGGGGCAAGGCUCCAAACCGGUACACUCCGGAAGAUUAUGUCAACCGAGGAAAGAAGGUUGUCACUGAGGAGGAUGACGGGCCGCCGCGGAGAUCAGCUUUGUCGAGGAUGAGGAACGACGAGCCGUUCUCUUCAGAUGAGGAGGAGGAGGAGGAGCAGGAGGAGCAGGAGCAGCAGCAACAACAGCCACGGCAGCGGACGAAGAGGAUGGCCGUCCGGAAGCAGCCCGCGAGGACGGCACGUCGAGGACGCUACUAGGAUGUGCUACGUGUUGUUGUGAACUCUAUAUUCAUAAGUAUCGAUUUGUGAACCCUAUGUCAUGUCGAACCAUGGUCU